UUAAUAUUAUUUUUUAUAUUUAUAUUUUAAACGCCUUGUCGCGUUCUCUCUGUGCGCAAGAACCGAGUAAUUCGUACUUACGCGCAAAGAUGCGUGGCCUUGGAAUCAGAGUGUCGUUGGCGCUUAUCGCCUGAUGCUCCAUUUGCCUUUUGAUUGGUCUUUGCGCGCAAAAUCCAUAAUCGUACAUCGCGAUUGGAAUACCCGUGGAAUACCCGCGUUUACACAUCACUCAAGCACAUUAUUAACCACCGUUGCAUAAAGGCUUUCACGGCCGUGAAACAGUCAAAAUCUGAAAAAAAAAAAAGAUAUGUGAAUAAACCGACGUAUGCGCGAUCGUUCGAUUCCCUGUAUACAAUGCACAAAAAUAUCGGAUGACGACGACGUAGUGGCCAAUAACUUACCCUGACUUGUUUACCGCGAUGCCUCCGAGCCGUCUAGACGCCGUUUACAGGAGCAUAUUGCUCACGAAGUUCUUCACGAAGGGAUGGGGCAACCCUCAAAUUCUAAAAAGGAUUUUUGAAUUUAGGAAAGUCAUAUCAAAUCGAGAAGUGUGCUACAAUAUGAUACCAUUUGACUAUCCAAUAGAGAUAACAAAAGAUGAAGUAUGGUCAGAUUGUCAUAUAAUCGAAGGUCAAUUUGAAUCACCUCUUGAGAAACAUCUCCCAGGGAUAAUGCCAGACAAUACCAAAAUGGCCUAUUUUCAAGUGAUUUUACCAACCAAAUGGGGUUCCCAUAAAAUAAAGCCAAUUUGUUUACAUCUUGCAGGAACAGGAGAUCAUUUUUUUUGGCGACGUAGAAAUCUUAUCGCUAAACCACUACUCAAGGAAACCGGAAUAGCCUCAAUAUUGUUGGAAAAUCCAUUUUAUGGUCUGAGAAAGCCACAUAAUCAAAUACGUUCUAGUUUGCAUAAUGUGUGUGACAUUUUUAUUAUGGGAGGCUGCCUGAUAAUGGAAUCAAUUGUUUUGUUGAAUUGGUGCGAACAACAAGGAUUAGGUCCAUUAGGUCUCACUGGAUUAUCAAUGGGUGGACAUAUGGCUUCUUUAGCAGCUACCAAUUGGCCGAAACCGAUAUCGUUAGUACCUUGCUUGUCAUGGUCAACUGCUUCACCUGUAUUUACAGAAGGUGUAAUGAGCGCAUCGAUAAAUUGGUCACUUUUGGAAACACAAUAUUUUUCAAAUAAGAUAUACCAGGACGAUCUCGCAAAAAUGGUGAAAAUUAUUGAUCACGAUGAUGCUUUCUUAGCUGGCCAACAUUUUGUAAAGCAUUAUCCUGCGAGUAUGAAAAGAGUCGAUAAGUUAAGAAAAGAAUCUAAAGAAGGCUGUAAAGACAAUAAUACUUUAGAUGAUACGAAAAAUGGUACAAACUCUAUUAAUAAUAAUAGCGAUAAUAAUAUUUCUGCCAAAUGUGAAUCUAAAAAUGAGAGCAAUCAGUUGCAGCAACAAAUCGUAGAAGAAAAGGCAGCAGCCAAAAUAUUUCCCUUAAAUCUGAUUUCCAACAAAUUUAAACCAAAGGAUCCCAAUGCCCUCAAAGACAACAAAUGGCGCGAGCACGAAGCAUUGCAAUUUAUGCGCGGUGUAAUGGACGAAUGCACACAUUUAAAAAAUUUCGAGAUGCCUGUCGAUACUGAAUUAAUUAUUGCUGUUUGCGCGAAAAACGAUGCUUAUGUACCACGAGAUCAUUGCAUGAGCCUCGAUAAGAUAUGGCCAGGAGCUGAAAUUCGUUACAUCGAUGCUGGCCAUGUUAGUGCGUAUCUUCUUCAUCAGAAAGUCUUUAGAUCCACAAUAGCUGAAUCUAUCCAACGAUCUUUGAAGAAGUAUCCUAUCGAGAUAAGUUGAUGACUUUGCAAUAUUAAUCAAUGCAUGUUGUUUCAGAGGAUUGUAUUAUUUUAAAUUUUUAAUUAGAUAACGGAAUAUUUUUCCGGAAUUUUGUGAUUGAAUUUGUCUACUAUUAAAGACCGCCAUAUGUACAUGUACGAACUAUUUCUAGAUCACUGCAGAUAACGGUCUGCUACUAAAAGUACAAUUGUUGCAGUCAAUUUAAUCGAGUAUAGUGUAAUCGAUGUCAUUGUCAUUAGAGAAUAUAUAAAAAAAAGAUUAUCUGCCAAUAAAUUGUUCCUAUAUGAAGCGAUAACUCAUGUAGCAUAGGGGAUACAUUUUUUACAUAACUAUGUUUAUAUAGACUUAUACACGAUCUCAAUGAAAUACAUUUUUUUAAUGUUUGUAAAUUGCAAUUGUGUACAGCAUUCUAUAUAUUAUCGAAAUAAAUUGUUAAAAAUUA